AUGUCUGCUAUCAUUCUAGCAGUCGCAUCAGAGUACUACUGCAACCCUUCGCUUGCAGUCGCUUUUCUGAGAGCCUGCCAGUCAACAUAUUGGGAUCACUUCUAUACCACUAAUGUCACUGAGAUGAAAAACGCAGAGACCAAUCUCGGAUACAUCCUGCAGGGAGACGCCGCAUAUGUCUUUACCACCGAUGUGCCCUCCACUACCCCGCUAUAUCGCAUGUACAAUCCGAGUGUUGUGGACUAUUUCUACACCACGUCAUGGUCCGAGGUAGAGAGCGCAGAAGCAGAAGCAGACAGCAACUACACCCUCGAGGAGAUCGCUGCAUAUGUCUAUGACAUUAACAUAUGCGGAAGCAUUCCCCUCUAUCGUCUGUACAGCUCGAAGGAGACGGAUCACUUUUACACUACAUCCGUACCGGAGGUGUUGGAGACUAUCAGCAAAGGUUAUACCUUGGAUGGUAUUAAGGCUUACGUACUUCCUGUUCCAUCAUAACGAAUGAGCUGGCUGCGACCACCACACAUAUUUUCAUAGAUUGAGCCGCGUACUUCUUUGGACAUGUUCAAGGUGUCUCUGUAGAAUGUAGCUUGGUCCGACACCACAUCGAUAUCUUACUCGAGAAUACAGCGAUUGAUGCAUUCAGACGUGGACAGCGAACACUGGGUCUGUGCGUACCGAACGCUAGCUCGGUUGCCUGAGGGUGAACUUGAUCGUUGCGACUCGGACUCACGAGACUGAUCUAAAGUAAAG